AUGAAGCUGGUGUUUGUGGCUGUGUUAGUGCUCUUUGCGCUCAGCUCUGUGGAUAGAGUGGAUUCUUCAGCCUACGACAAGAUAGUAACACACAGUCGCAUCCGGGCCAGACUCCAGGGGUAAGGACCAUGCUGGGGACAUGGGGACAUGAAGACACAGAGAGAUGGAGAGAGAUGGGGGACAUGGGGACAUGAAGACACAGAGAGAUGGAGAGAGAUGGGGGACAUGGGGACAUGAAUACACAGAGGGAUGGAGAGAGAUGGGGGACAUGGGGACAUGAGACACAGAGAGAUGGAAGGAUCGGGACAAUGGGUACAUGGAAGACACAAAGAGAUGGAGAGAUUUGGGACAUGGGCAUGAAGACACAAGAGUAUGGAGAGAGAUGGGGACAAUGGGGACAUGGAGCCACAGGAUAUUGGAGAGGAUGGGGGAACAUUGGGCAUGGAACAACAGAGAGAUUGAUAAGAGAUGGUGGAACAUGGGGCAAAUUGAACCAGAGCGAUGGAGACAAUAGGGGACCUUUUGGUUACCAGGGACUGGAUGAAAGCUCAUGGGGACCUGGUUUACAGAGCUCUGUAGCGAGAGACUAAUCUCGCGAUCGCGCCGUCUCCGAGAGAUAGAGCUCGAGCAUCUCGCUCAUAUAGAGACUGAAGAGCGCGAUCUCGCGCGCGCUCCUCCUCGCGCAUCAGAAUCAGGGGACAUGGAUAUAUCUCAAAAAAAGAUACAGAUGUUCGAGGGUGCUCUUAGGACAUAGAGGGACACAGCCAGACCGAAACCCGCACUGCCGCACAUCCCGCCGCGCCCGCACAACGCCGCAAGAACAGUAACGCAAGCCCGAAGAAAUCACGAACAAAGACCGUACCAGCCCGCCCUCACAGCCUCCAGAACGCCCCGCAAGCCCUCACGCCGCCCCGCCCAUGCUCCGUCCUCACCGCCCUCACGCCCGCCCGUGCCUUUUUACCUCUGCCUAGCGCUCUUUGUCUUAGUUUGGGCCGUGUUGGGUAAAUUUGCCUCUGAAAUCCUCCACCAGAUCACCUUGUUGGUCAUAGUCUGUUAGACAACUGAAAGGGCUGUUCAGUGAUAUUAGAUCAUUUGUAUACUGUAGCACAAAGCUACACUAAUUCAUACAGCCUUCGUAUUUCUAGAAAACAGUCUAGAGAUGAAGGGCUGUAAUCUUCAUCGCUGAAACGUUACAGAUUGCGUACUUUUCAUGUAAAGAUAAUUUCCAAUUGAGCCGACAUAUGCAGCGUUUACCGUGAAUGCAGUGUACACUAACGAGGGAACAUUGCCUUUAAUUUAAAUCAUGCUGUAACGCCGAACUUCAGAAGAUUUUUAACUGUUCUUAAAACAAUGUGAUGUUUACCUCCAAUACUUUAUACUAAGAAUAUACUUUAUUUAUACUAAGAAUACAGGUUAUAUAUACUAAGAGUAUACUUUAUAUAUGCUAAGAGUAUACUUUAUAUAUACUAAGAGUAUACUUAAUAUAUAAUACAUUUUUUACUUUAUAUAUACUGAGAGUAUACUUUAUAUAUACUAAAAAUAUACUUUAUAUAUACUAAGAGUAUACUUUAUAUAUACUAAUAAUAUACUUUAUAUAUACUAAGAGCAUACUAUACUCUAUACUUUCUACUAAGAAACAGAUGGCUAAUAGUUACAUUGAAGCAAUUCCCAGGGAUACGUAUCUGCAGAUGAUUUAACAGAAUUAUGCAGUUUUAUCCAUCAUUUGAAAUCAUUAUAUUAUUUUAUAUUAUAGUGCUUAUUAAACAGAGUAAAAAUAAUUCCACUAAAACCAAACUGUUUCAUAAAGAUAUCAGGGGCAUCGACGAAAACAUUGAUUCAGAGCCACACGUCUGUCUACAGUAGAAAAUGUUUAAACUUUCCCCUGAAUGCUAAUUUAUAUAUUCACCCUACUCCCUCCCCACACCUCUUCCCCUCUUCCCUACUCCCUACUCCCUCUUCCCCUCUUCCCCUCUUCCCUACUCCCUCCCCACACCUCUUCCCCUCUUCCCUACUCCCUCCCCACACCUCUUCCCCUCUCCCCUCCUCCCUCCCCACACCUCUUCCCCUCUCCCCUCCUCCCUCCCCACACCUCUUCCCCUCUUCCCUAAUCCCUCCUCACACCUCUUCCCUACUCCCUCCUCCCUCCUCAACUAAUUACAUUUUCUUCCUCUCCUUCCCUCCUCCAUUUCUCCCCUUCAUUCCUUCCGCUCCUUUCCCCCCCUCCUUACUCCUGCCCCCUCCCUCUCCUUCCCCCUCUCUUCCCACCUCCCCCUCUCUCCCAGACCCAAUGUGUGUGCCCUUCAGCAGGUGAUGGAGACCAAGAAGAAGUACUUCAGUACAUGUAGGAACUGGUACAAGGGAACCAUCUGUGGGAAGAAG